AUGAUGGCGGCGCUUUCGCUUGUCGUGGAAGGGGAAUUGCAGGUGAGGAUGCCGUGGCAGGUGAGGAUGACGUGGCAGGCGCACACCACCCCCUCAGACCAGCAUCUUACUCACGUCAACCUAGACGCAUCAGCAGAUGCCGAGCGGCUUGCUGAGGCUAGUGUCAAUGCCUCCUCUUUCCCCGCCCUACAGGCUCACACCACCCCCUCAGACCAGCAUCUUACUCACGUCAACCUAGACGCAUCAGCAGAUGCCGAGCGGCUUGCUGAGGCUAGUGUCAAUGCCUCCUCUUUCCCCGCCCUACAGGCUCACACCACCCCCUCAGACCAGCAUCUUACUCACGUCAACCUAGACGCAUCAGCAGAUGCCGAGCGGCUUGCUGAGGCUAGUGUCAAUGCCUCCUCUUUCCCCGCCCUACAGGCUCACACCACCCCCUCAGACCAGCAUCUUACUCACGUCAACCUAGACGCAUCAGCAGAUGCCGAGCGGCUUGCUGAGGCUAGUGUCAAUGCCUCCUCUUUCCCCGCCCUACAGGCUCACACCACCCCCUCAGACCAGCAUCUUACUCACGUCAACCUAGACGCAUCAGCAGAUGCCGAGCGGCUUGCUGAGGCUAGUGUCAAUGCCUCCUCUUUCCCCGCCCUACAGGCUCACACCACCCCCUCAGACCAGCAUCUUACUCACGUCAACCUAGACGCAUCAGCAGAUGCCGAGCGGCUUGCUGAGGCUAGUGUCAAUGCCUCCUCUUUCCCCGCCCUACAGGCUCACACCACCCCCUCAGACCAGCAUCUUACUCACGUCAACCUAGACGCAUCAGCAGAUGCCGAGCGGCUUGCUGAGGCUAGUGUCAAUGCCUCCUCUUUCCCCGCCCUACAGGCUCACACCACCCCCUCAGACCAGCAUCUUACUCACGUCAACCUAGACGCAUCAGCAGAUGCCGAGCGGCUUGCUGAGGCUAGUGUCAAUGCCUCCUCUUUCCCCGCCCUACAGGCUCACACCACCCCCUCAGACCAGCAUCUUACUCACGUCAACCUAGACGCAUCAGCAGAUGCCGAGCGGCUUGCUGAGGCUAGUGUCAAUGCCUCCUCUUUCCCCGCCCUACAGGCUCACACCACCCCCUCAGACCAGCAUCUUACUCACGUCAACCUAGACGCAUCAGCAGAUGCCGAGCGGCUUGCUGAGGCUAGUGUCAAUGCCUCCUCUUUCCCCGCCCUACAGGCUCACACCACCCCCUCAGACCAGCAUCUUACUCACGUCAACCUAGACGCAUCAGCAGAUGCCGAGCGGCUUGCUGAGGCUAGUGUCAAUGCCUCCUCUUUCCCCGCCCUACAGGCUCACACCACCCCCUCAGACCAGCAUCUUACUCACGUCAACCUAGACGCAUCAGCAGAUGCCGAGCGGCUUGCUGAGGCUAGUGUCAAUGCCUCCUCUUUCCCCGCCCUACAGGCUCACACCACCCCCUCAGACCAGCAUCUUACUCACGUCAACCUAGACGCAUCAGCAGAUGCCGAGCGGCUUGCUGAGGCUAGUGUCAAUGCCUCCUCUUUCCCCGCCCUACAGGCUCACACCACCCCCUCAGACCAGCAUCUUACUCACGUCAACCUAGACGCAUCAGCAGAUGCCGAGCGGCUUGCUGAGGCUAGUGUCAAUGCCUCCUCUUUCCCCGCCCUACAGGCUCACACCACCCCCUCAGACCAGCAUCUUACUCACGUCAACCUAGACGCAUCAGCAGAUGCCGAGCGGCUUGCUGAGGCUAGUGUCAAUGCCUCCUCUUUCCCCGCCCUACAGGCUCACACCACCCCCUCAGACCAGCAUCUUACUCACGUCAACCUAGACGCAUCAGCAGAUGCCGAGCGGCUUGCUGAGGCUAGUGUCAAUGCCUCCUCUUUCCCCGCCCUACAGGCUCACACCACCCCCUCAGACCAGCAUCUUACUCACGUCAACCUAGACGCAUCAGCAGAUGCCGAGCGGCUUGCUGAGGCUAGUGUCAAUGCCUCCUCUUUCCCCGCCCUACAGGCUCACACCACCCCCUCAGACCAGCAUCUUACUCACGUCAACCUAGACGCAUCAGCAGAUGCCGAGCGGCUUGCUGAGGCUAGUGUCAAUGCCUCCUCUUUCCCCGCCCUACAGGCUCACACCACCCCCUCAGACCAGCAUCUUACUCACGUCAACCUAGACGCAUCAGCAGAUGCCGAGCGGCUUGCUGAGGCUAGUGCCAAUGCCUCCUCUUUCCCCGCCCUACAGGCUCACACCACCCCCUCAGACCAGCAUCUUACUCACGUCAACCUAGACGCAUCAGCAGAUGCCGAGCGGCUUGCUGAGGCUAGUGUCAAUGCCUCCUCUUUCCCCGCCCUACAGGCUCACACCACCCCCUCAGACCAGCAUCUUACUCACGUCAACCUAGACGCAUCAGCAGAUGCCGAGCGGCUUGCUGAGGCUAGUGUCAAUGCCUCCUCUUUCCCCGCCCUACAGGCUCACACCACCCCCUCAGACCAGCAUCUUACUCACGUCAACCUAGACGCAUCAGCAGAUGCCGAGCGGCUUGCUGAGGCUAGUGUCAAUGCCUCCUCUUUCCCCGCCCUACAGGCUCACACCACCCCCUCAGACCAGCAUCUUACUCACGUCAACCUAGACGCAUCAGCAGAUGCCGAGCGGCUUGCUGAGGCUAGUGUCAAUGCCUCCUCUUUCCCCGCCCUACAGGCUCACACCACCCCCUCAGACCAGCAUCUUACUCACGUCAACCUAGACGCAUCAGCAGAUGCCGAGCGGCUUGCUGAGGCUAGUGUCAAUGCCUCCUCUUUCCCCGCCCUACAGGCUCACACCACCCCCUCAGACCAGCAUCUUACUCACGUCAACCUAGACGCAUCAGCAGAUGCCGAGCGGCUUGCUGAGGCUAGUGUCAAUGCCUCCUCUUUCCCCGCCCUACAGGCUCACACCACCCCCUCAGACCAGCAUCUUACUCACGUCAACCUAGACGCAUCAGCAGAUGCCGAGCGGCUUGCUGAGGCUAGUGUCAAUGCCUCCUCUUUCCCCGCCCUACAGGCUCACACCACCCCCUCAGACCAGCAUCUUACUCACGUCAACCUAGACGCAUCAGCAGAUGCCGAGCGGCUUGCUGAGGCUAGUGUCAAUGCCUCCUCUUUCCCCGCCCUACAGGCUCACACCACCCCCUCAGACCAGCAUCUUACUCACGUCAACCUAGACGCAUCAGCAGAUGCCGAGCGGCUUGCUGAGGCUAGUGUCAAUGCCUCCUCUUUCCCCGCCCUACAGGCUCACACCACCCCCUCAGACCAGCAUCUUACUCACGUCAACCUAGACGCAUCAGCAGAUGCCGAGCGGCUUGCUGAGGCUAGUGUCAAUGCCUCCUCUUUCCCCGCCCUACAGGCUCACACCACCCCCUCAGACCAGCAUCUUACUCACGUCAACCUAGACGCAUCAGCAGAUGCCGAGCGGCUUGCUGAGGCUAGUGUCAAUGCCUCCUCUUUCCCCGCCCUACAGGCUCACACCACCCCCUCAGACCAGCAUCUUACUCACGUCAACCUAGACGCAUCAGCAGAUGCCGAGCGGCUUGCUGAGGCUAGUGUCAAUGCCUCCUCUUUCCCCGCCCUACAGGCUCACACCACCCCCUCAGACCAGCAUCUUACUCACGUCAACCUAGACGCAUCAGCAGAUGCCGAGCGGCUUGCUGAGGCUAGUGUCAAUGCCUCCUCUUUCCCCGCCCUACAGGCUCACACCACCCCCUCAGACCAGCAUCUUACUCACGUCAACCUAGACGCAUCAGCAGAUGCCGAGCGGCUUGCUGAGGCUAGUGUCAAUGCCUCCUCUUUCCCCGCCCUACAGGCUCAUACCACCCCCUCAGACCAGCAUCUUACUCACGUCAACCUAGACGCAUCAGCAGAUGCCGAGCGGCUUGCUGAGGCUAGUGUCAAUGCCUCCUCUUUCCCCGCCCUACAGGCUCACACCACCCCCUCAGACCAGCAUCUUACUCACGUCAACCUAGACGCAUCAGCAGAUGCCGAGCGGCUUGCUGAGGCUAGUGUCAAUGCCUCCUCUUUCCCCGCCCUACAGGCGCACACCACCCCCUCAUACCAGCGCCUCACUCACCUAAACCUGGAAGCAUCAGCAGAUGCGGAGCGGCUCGCUGACCUGACGGUCGGCGUGGGCGUGUUUGUGCGCUGCCAGCUGGCGGCGCGGGCGGCAACGCUUCGGCAGCUAGUGGCGGAGGCGGAGGAGGCGGAGCGGCAGCUUGCUGACCUGGAAGGGGUGGUGGUUGAGCUGGAUAGAUUCACUGGGAAGCUGGAAAGAGCCGUGGCAAAAGCCCUUAGGGAGGGGGUGUGA